GAUAGAACUAGCCAAGGAGAGACACUGAACCGUGGGAAAAGCUUGACGAGAGGAACAGAGAGAGAGAAAGAUAAUGAACAAGCGGCGGCGCAUGCCGUAGCCACGGCCCCCAACUUGCUCUAAACUCGUGCAGCCUGUCGCUGUCGGUCGAAUUUUAAUGGCGGCUCAUUCCGAUUCCCUGUUUAGUGUUAUUAUCAAGUAACGAAACGGUAUUUAUACUCUUUACGCGUUACUACAAGACAUAAUAAGGAGUUCCAUUAAGUCUAAACCGUGCGUUUCGUUGUUUCAUCGUUCGGAUACUAUAUCAGAGACCUGUAUCAAGGACAUAGUGAGUGCAUAUCCGCGAUGUGUCGUAGCGACUCUGGCGUACGAACAUUCCAUCGUGUAGUCGUAUUAUACACUUUGGCUUUUUCAUGAAAAGGGUUGACUCUACGUGAUAAAUCGAACUUGUUUCCUUUUAUUUUAAUUCGUUGUAUAUAUGAAAUUUUCGUGAAUCAAGGGGAAAGGAAGGAAAGUUAACACAAGCUGACUGAUGAUCAUAUCAGAUCGAGCGAAUCGAAGCUGCGAGCUUUUUUCAUGCUGGAGACGAUUAUUGACAAGGAGUAGAAUAUCCUUGCCUUUGUGCAAAGACACUGGCCUUAACUGUCAAGUGCAGCUAUGCUGCUCACACUAAUGAAGGGCGGUGCGUGCAACGGUGUUACUCAAAAAGUGUGGAGGAGCCAUCUGCCCUAGCCUGACAUCGUCGUCGAAAUGUUUUAGUAUCGAAAUCGAGGUGCCGGGCAAUGUGCAUCAUGUCGGUGCCUGGAUACAUGUGUAAUUGGUAGUACUAUAUUGAUACUGGCCUUCUACCAGUGGGACAAAUACCCUUAUUAUAUUUUCUAAGCUUCCUACCCUAGACUUGUACAUGCACAAACGCACACGCAUAGCGUGUGCGCAUGUGCUUUGUCAACUAUUGCCUACACAUCAUGAGAUUCUUGGGAUUUGUAUCAUUUCCCAUUUCGCCUACUGUGUUAUCUCCUAAACUGCUACUACCAUUUCAUCGAUUAUCCUUUUCAUCCAUGUCUGUUGCUACCUGGUUCCUGGUGGUACUGGUAACUGCAGCCAUAGAUACACCUGCUAGUACUGCUCCACCUGUGCAAGAAAAUAGAUCGUUACACAUUGUAACACAGUUUCCUAUGGGAGAUGGUCAAAGAUAUGGAUUUUAUCCUCUAGAUCCAAAUACAACGAGGGAAGGUGCCCUUCGAUUUAAUCACCUUACUAUAGAUCCUGCAACAGGAAGAUUAUAUGCAGGUGCCAUCAACAGACUUUUACAGUUAGAUUCUAAUCUCAGACUGGAGGAAUAUGUUUCCACAGGACCUAGAUUGGAUAAUCCCCAGUGCCAUGCAACAGGCUGUCCUUCCAGAGACAUAACUACAUCUUUAAUGGAUAAUGUAAACAAACUAUUAAUCGCUGAUCUUGAAUCACAAACACUGAUUGCAUGCGGUUCCCUUCUUCAAGGUGCUUGUGAAAAGUACAAAAUGUCAAACAUAUCUAUUAAGCCGGAAUUCAUUCCCCAUAGUGUAGCAGCAAACGAUGAAAGCUCUUCUACAUAUGCUUUUAUUGGGCCCGAAAAAUACAAUGCUUGGGGACAAACGAAUAUACUCUAUGUUGGUACUACAUUCACUAAUAGAGGAGAUUACAGGCAUGACGUGCCUGCUAUUUCUAGCAGAAAUCUCCACAAUUUAGAAUUCGCGGAGUAUACGUUCAAUAAACAGUCGAUCGUAUACAUCGACGUGAAAUAUCGAGACCAUUUCCUGGUUAAAUAUGUAUAUGGGUUCAAUGCCAAUAACUAUGCAUAUUUUGUAUUGGUACAAAAGCAGUCUCAUCUUCCUGAAGAAGAGGAAAAGGGUUACAUCUCUAGAUUGGCUCGAAGCUGUAUCAAUGAUCCAAAUUAUGAUAGUUAUACAGAAGUGACGCUACAGUGUACUGUUAAUUUGGGAGAUGGAAAAUUGCAAUCUUAUAAUUUAGUGCAAGACGCGAAAGUGGCACCAGCUGGUAGUGAUAUAGCCAUGCAAUUGGGUAUUUCCGUUGGUGAUCCCAUUUUUGUCUCCGUAUUUUCUCCAAGUAGAGGAAUCACAAACGAACCACUGUCUCGGUCAGCACUUUGCGUGUACAGUUUGCAAGAGAUUGAAACAAGAUUUACUGAAAAUAUCCAUAUGUGUCUCAAUGGUAGUACUAAAUAUAGAAACAUGGGAUAUGUCAGUGGUCCUAUACAAGAUGGAAAAUGCCCUGCGGCAGGAACAGCAGGCAACAUUUUGCACUUCUGUGAAGUGGGUUUGAAAAUCUCCGGAAUGUCACCGAUUGUGGGACAAGCAAUUUUACAUUUUCCUGACGAAUUCAUUACCUCUGUAACAAUAGCUAAUACAGAAAGUCAUACCGUUGCAUUCUUGGGUACUAACGAGGGUUCUCUGAAAAAAGUUUUACUUUCUGGAAACGAAGCAUUCGUCUACGAAAAUAUUGUAAUUGAUAAAGGAAACAGAUUGAUGCCUGAUACUUUGAUUUCGCCAGAUGGAGAACAUAUUUACGUUUUAUCGACCUCUAAAAUUUCUAAGGUCCAAGUUGAACAUUGCAGUAGUUAUACUAAUUGUAGCAGUUGUCUAGACGCAAAAGAUCCUUAUUGUGGAUGGUGUUCAUUAGAAAAAAGAUGCACAGUUAGAGGAGAUUGUCAGAAAGCAAGUCAUAGUAGUCCACGAUGGUUAUCUUUAGGUACAGGACAACAAUGCAUUGAUUUCGAGCAAGUUCUUCCAGAUCGUAUGCCCAUCAAUCAAAUGACCACCGUUCAUUUAACAAUCAGAACUUUACCCGAAUUACCAGCAGGCGCAAAUUACAAAUGUGUUUUUGGUAACGCGGAACCUAUAGAUGCACUAAUGACUGGAUUUGGAUUAUCUUGUCCUACACCACCCGUACUUGAAAGACCGAAUAUACCAGACGGGGCCGAUCAUGUUCUGGUACCUUUAUCUGUGCGCUCUAGUGAAACAAAUAAAGAUUUUGUCUCAAGAAAUUUCGCUUUCUUCGAUUGCUCUAGGCAUACCGUGUGUACAGAGUGUGUAAAAUCUCAAUGGGCCUGUAGUUGGUGUGUAUAUGAUAAUAAAUGUACACAUAACACAAGUUGUCAGGGUAUUAUUUCGGGAGAAAACAAUCAAGCAAAUUUAGCCGCGCACGGAGCACAAUACUGUCCAAAGUUCGUUCAACGCCAGGAACCAUUGAUGUUACCUAACAGUGUACCCAAAGAGAUAGUGCUCGAGGUUGAGAAUUUACCGCAUCCUCAAGUAGGACACAGUGGUUUCCAAUGCAUCGUCUCGAUCGAGGGUGCUAAUUUAAAAGUACAAGCCCGUGUCGAUAGCAGCCGUUUUAUAGUUUGUGAUAAAACAGUUUACUCGUAUGAGGCGGUCACUGGUGAAUACGAAGCAGAGGUAACGGUUGUCUGGAACAUUAAUCAUCACGUGGACAAGACUACUAUCAUCCUUUAUAAGUGUGAAGUGUUGGGUUCGCAUCGUGAACACGCAGAUUGUUCCCUUUGCGUGACCAGAGAUGCGCGUUUCGAAUGUACUUGGUGCGGUAAUAGUUGCGUGUACCGGCAUUCUUGCUUGCACUCGCCAUUCACCGAGUGUCCGAAACCGAGGAUAGAUAUGAUUAAACCUCUCAGUGGACCAAUCGAAGGUGGAACGUUGGUCACUAUCGAAGGUAGUAAUUUGGGGCUGAAAGAAAGCGACGUGGAUGGAAAAAUACAUAUUGGUAACACACCAUGUACUUUAGUCGAUUAUGAAGUGUCCGUACGCAUCGUUUGCCGUACAGGAAGACACGAAGCAACGGACACUGCCUCUGUAGUGGUUGGUAAUGAUGCUGGUUACACUGAAAGCGCAGUGUUAUUUAAUUACAAGGAUAUACGAUUGUCUGGUGUUUACCCAUCGGUUGGUCCACAAAGUGGUGGUACGCAACUUGCCAUUACUGGAAUGUAUUUGAAUAUUGGUAGUACUAUAUCAGCCUAUCUAGACGAAUUAGCGUGUCAUGUUAACGCCACGCAAGCGAGUAGUACCAGAUUAACUUGUGUAACAAGUAAAUCUGAUAGAGUAAGAAGAAUCGACAGACUGACUCUUAGCAUAGACGGCGCGAAUCGCACUUUAAUUGGUAAUCCCUAUAACUACACUCAUGAUCCUACUAUUAUGGAGAUUAAGCCACUGACAAGUUUUGCUUCCGGUGGUCGUAUGAUCACCGUUCACGGCACCAAUCUAGAUACUAUCCAGAAGCCCGAAAUGGAGGUAUACUUCGACAAUGAACUACUGCCAGUAAAUAGGACUGUUUGUACAGUAUUAAACCCGACGCAGAUGGAAUGCCCAAGUCCUAGUGUUGCUAAGCGGUUCAUGACUCUUCGACGUAACAAGCGUGCUACUGCUAAUAGCCAAAGCACACCACCUCAAUCAUUAAAGUUAAAGGAAUCUCAAUUAUCCUUGAAAAUAGCAUUUAUUAUGGACAAUGUGGAAAGUGUACGAGAUUUGGAAAAGCAUUUUAAGAGUCUUAGAAAUCGCUUACUUUAUGUGGAAGACCCGAAAUUUCUUGCCUUUCCGCGUAACAUUAAAUUAUAUAAAGGUGAUACGCUAGUUAUCGAGGGGGAAAAUUUGAUUUUUGCCAGCGACGAGUCUGAUGUGAACGUUACUGUCGGUACAAUGCCAUGUAACGUGACUUCGCUUGCUCUAACUCAAUUGGUUUGCAUUCCUCCUGAUCAACAACCAGCUGAUACGGAUGAACUUGGAAUUAAAACUGAAAAUGGUUUACCCUUGGUGGUAGUACGCGUGGGUCGUAGCUUAAGGUUCCCCAUUGGUUAUUUGCGCUACGAAGUGAUUAAAUCUUAUCCGAUCCCACCGGAGGCAAUUGCUGGAAUAGCUGCUGGCACUUUUGGUCUUGUGUUUCUGUUUGUUUUAGUGUUAAUAAUAUAUAGAAGGAAGAGUACACAAGCAGAGAGAGAAUAUAAAAGGAUACAGAUACAGAUGGAUACUCUGGAAAGCAAUGUUAGGAUGGAAUGUAAGCAAGCAUUUGCUGAACUACAAACCGAUAUGACUGAUUUAACCGCUGAUCUGGAGUCAUCCGGUAUUCCGACUUUAGACCACAAGAAUUACAUUAUGAAAGUAUUUUUUCCGGGUGUUACGCAUCAUCCUAUAUUAAAUGAUCCUAGAUCACGUAGUAAUGUGUCUCGUACAAACUACGAUGCUGCCAUGAUCCAGUUUGAGCAACUGAUCAAUAAUAAAUACUUCGUAUUAACGUUCAUCGAAACCUUAGAGGCUCAGAAAGACUUUAAUAUUAGAGAUAAAGUGAAUGUUGCAUCAUUACUUAUGGUCGUCCUGAUGGGUAAGAUGGAGUAUGCGACUGAUAUACUCAUGAAUCUUUUACUAAGACUUAUCGAAAAGGCAGUGAACACAAAGCAUCCUCAGUUGAUGCUUAGAAGGACCGAAUCCGUGGUAGAAAAGAUGCUAACUAACUGGAUGGCUCUUUGUAUGUACAAUUACCUUAAAGACUAUGCAGGUUCCUCUCUAUUUUUAUUGUUCAAGGCAAUAAAGCACCAGAUAGAAAAGGGUCCUGUAGACGUGAUCACGUACGACGCUAGAUACUCGUUAUCUGAAGAAAGGCUACUCCGUGAGCAGAUUGAGCACAGUGUGGUCACUCUGCAUGUCGUCCAAGAUGAUCUCGAUGAGAAAAUCCAGUGCAAGGUGUUAGAUUGUGAUACUAUAAAUCAAGUGAAGUCCAAGAUCCUAGAUGCUCUCUACAAGAAUACUCCUUUCUCACUGAGGCCGUCCGUUCAUGACGUAGAUUUGGAAUGGAGACACGGUAGAGGCGGACAUUUAACUCUCCAGGAUGAGGAUCUCACGUCAAAGUGCAGCGGCGAAUGGAAAAAGAUAAACACGUUGGCGCAUUAUGGUGUAAAAGAAUCAGCAGUGAUGUCGUUGAUUCCUAGACAAAACGAUGGUUUUUCCGUCGCCUGUAAACCACCGUGUCACAAUUGUAAACCAUCGCACUAUCAUCAUCAACAGCAGUCCAUUCACCACCAUGCACAUCACCAUCACCUACAUCGUCACGCGAAUCACUGUUCGUCCACGCAUCUUCCAUCCACACCUAAUCACAAUCUAAUCAGUCCUGUAAUGUACAAUCAUCCCGUUAGCGGUUUAUACUUCGAAUCUCAACAUUCACCGCCGAUCAUAACAGCAAAUGGCGACGUAGAAAGCGGUCAUGGAGGUAAUCAACGAUUAUAUCAUUUGGUAAGGCCUAUAGAAGAAAGUCACUAUCCGCCAGGUAUGGGUUUUACCGGUAGCAAGCAUCAUCAUCCAGAACGAACACACAAAGCCAUCCCUGAAAUAUUUUUAACGAGAUUACUAUCGACGAAGGGUACCGUUCAAAAGUUCGUCGAUGAUUUUUUGAAUACGAUUUUAACAGCGAACGAAGCAUUACCCAGUGCUGUAAAAUGGCUGUUCGAUCUCCUAGACGAUGCCGCGAAGCAACACGGGAUCGUUGACCCGGAGGUACCGCACGCAUGGAAAUCGAAUAGUUUGCCGCUUAGAUUUUGGGUGAAUUUUAUUAAGAAUCCAGACUUCAUGUUCGAUAUAAAUAAGUCCACGACGGUUGACUCGAGCCUCUCCGUGAUAGCGCAAACAUUUAUGGACUCUUGUUCGAUGACGGAACACAGGCUGGGGAAAGAUUCACCGUCGAAUAAGUUACUCUUUGCCAAGGACAUACCGCAUUACCGAGAGAAAGUGGGUCGUUUUUAUACAGAUGUACAAAGACUGCCACAAAUCACUGAUCAAGAAAUGUCUAGUGCCAUGCAACAGCUGAGUGCGUCACAUGCGAACGAGUUUGAUGUGAUCGCAGCACUAAAAGAACUUUACAUCUAUGUCAGCAAGUAUUAUGAACAAAUCCUAGAGGCCUUGGAGACAGACGCGGGCUGUCGUAAAUUACAUCUAGCCCACAGGCUAGAGAAUGUCGCGUGCACACUCGAAGGAGAGGAAACCAGUGCCUGCUGACACAACCUCCUCAUUGCUAUCCCAGGACCCGUCAAUCUCUCCAGAAACACUGACUAGUGCCUCCAUUUCAUGCAUCAGAUACACCUCGUUACAUAUGUACAAAUCUACACACCAUGUGAAUAACAAUGCCGUAAAAAAUACGUGCGAUUUCGUUAAGGCUAGUCAGGCGAUAGUUUUUCUCAGGAUAAAUUAAUCCUGGCUGUAGUAUUUACGUCUAUAUGUCAUGGCCGUAUCGAAAUACGCUCGUACACACGUACAGAUGUUAGCAAAAUGGUAACAAAAGAGAAAAUGAUGAACUCUAACCCUUAAAUCUGAUCUGUUUUUAUUAAUAUUGUAUAUUUCAUUUAUUUUACUAUACAUAUAUAUAUAGUAUAUUUGUAACAAAUUAUAAGAAAACGACGAAGGGAAUCUCAAUGCAAUCGGUGGAAUCUUCGUUAGUAAGGGAUAUAAUUUAUCUUAUGAUCGAAAAACUAUAUCUCCGGUGACGUAGCUGAAUAUUGGUCCGCCUACGCGUUUUAAGGAUUUGAGAUGCAAAAUUCGUGCAAAAAAUACUUAUUAAAAAAAAGUAAAAAAAAACAAAUGAAAAUUAACGAUUUCAUUGUUGGCCGAAUGUCUAUACGUGUAUACGUAGUAUAUAUAACACGAAGAAAAAUAACGUGUGGGAACGUUAAAUAAGAGAAAAAGCCAUAGUGUCCACCAGACUGUCUGUACAAAGGGAGUACGGCAGCAAGUAGUCUGUGAUCCGAGCACGAGUGGCUAUGCCUACUAUCUUCAUUACGAUAUAUAUUAUUAAUAUGUUAUAUAUUAUAUAUAUAUACAUAAAAAAUAUAUAAAGCAAAGGUCACGCAACAUACACCUCCACGGAUUGUAGUGAGCUAGUUAGAGAGGGUCUAUAUAUGUAUUAUAAGUUGAGGGUAAAGAACCUUUUUUCAGAAAAAAAGAGAGAACGAGCGAGAAAAAAAGUGAGUGGGAGAGAGAAAGAGAGCGUGAGAGAGCAAGGAACGACACUAAAUUAAGGCAAUUAAAGUAAUGUUAAAUGAAAGGAAAAAGAAUUGGCUUCUCAAUUAAAAGUUGUGAGAGCAGUUCAGACUACUCUAGGCCUAUCUGCGUAUAUUUAGUACAUAAAAAAAAAGAAUUCUUUUCUAUUACAUUUUUUGUUCAUUUUUCAGUCUGUUUUUAUUUACUUUAUAUGAUUACAUUUAUAUAUGUAUGACUGUUGCUACGAUCUGGAAGGCCAUUAUGUGGAUCAUAUAAUGAUUUUACAACUACUAUAGGAGCUAUAUUAUAUCUAUUAUUGCUCUUACUACCAUUAAGUUGUAUUAUUAUCUAUAUAGAUAUAAUUAUCGACUAAUUGCCCAUUCAACAAUAGUUAUUAUGGUAUAUUGUUAAGCGUAAAGGAAGCACAUAAUAGAUGCAAAGAACGAGAAAGAUCUUUUAUAUUGUAUACCGGCGAGGAAGUUUCUAGACUCUUAAUGAACGCGAAUUAAAAAAAAAAGAAAAAAAUGACAAAAAAGAAAACACAGUAGAAGGGAAAAUUUUAUACAUGUCUGGUUGUAUUUUCGCCGGUUAUUAGAGUUUCAGGAUUUUUCGCCAGUUGGUCAAUAAUAUCGCGGUUAAAUGUAUCGGGAAAAAAAGGAAGGUUUAACAAGACACAACGAUGAACAGUAUUUUUCUUGGGAUUACAUCGCCAUUUUACUUUACCUAAGACUGCCUCAGUUUGAAAAAUUGCAUUUUUUAAAGGAAGCAUUUAAGUGUCCCUGAUAAUAUUCGUUAUUCCAGUGUAUAGGUAUUUAAUAACAGUUCGAUUCACUGCCCAUUGCGCACUGCCAAUUUUUCUCCAUGCGCUUUUUUAGGAACUGUUACACCGGAACAGACCUACUUAAACGUUCGAUUGAAUCGCGUAACCAAUUAUUUGAUAAUUUUGUGAAUGGUAGGUUUGGGAAAGCUGAGGUUCAAGCUCACUCUUGUACUUAAUUAACACUUUCGUGUAUUUUAUCUGCUCUACAGUCCCUCAGCUUCCCUGUCGAUUACCAUCAACCUGUGUAUCUCUCUAUUAUAUGUAUUGUAUUUAUUUAUAUACCGAUGACCGGAUUAUCUAUACAGGAAAUGAUACGUCAAUCUGUCCUAUGUGAUUUAAUGUAUUACUUUUUCUUUAAUACACGUCGACAUGCGUGCUGUAAUUUUUCUGAAACAUAAAGUUGUUUUACUGAACUUUUGGUGUACGUAAAACGACGGAAUUCUGUAAUAAUUUAAUUCCAUGUAUAUCAUAUUUUCUCAAUGUAUAUUUCACACGAUAUUUUACAUAUAAUAUGUAACACACAUACAUGAACAAAUGAUAACAGAAUGGAGAAUGGAAUUUAAAUGAGCUUUUAUUAUUUAUACAUUCAUUCUGUUAUCAUAUCUCUUGUAAUGUUUUAGUCGCGUUAUUUUAUAUGUAUUUAAAUUACUAUCUCCUGUGGAAUUAAGGUCAGCUUUCUUGUAUAUUGAAUUAAAAAGAGGAACACGUACUGUAGGUUUAGGAGGAUUAUUUUGUCAAGUAUUUUUAUUUGUUGAGCAUAUUCUAUUUGUACAAUGAAUUUAUAGUGGUGAAUAUAAUAAUUAUUUUUGUUUUGAAAUUAGAGACAAUGCAAAGCAAAAUUUUUAGUCCAAAUGAUUCUAUGAAGGUUCUAUCGAUGGAAUGACAAAAUUAAAUGAUAGUAACAUUUACAAAAUACCUUAGGGGAUGAGAUCUUUUUCCUCUACUUUGUAUGUAAAAUUUAAUACAUAUUAAUUACACAAAAGAAUUCAAAACACAUAUAUGUCUUUCUAAUAAUUAGAAAAGACUUGUUUUGUGGAGGUAAUGAUUUCUUUUUUUAAAUAAACGUACGAAAUAGAACAUUUUUCUGAAUGGUGUUUGUAUUUUAUUUUGUUUAUAUGAAGCUAUUAGAUAUAGUCUUCCAGAAAGAAAUUAAUUAAUUUUGACUGGAGUAAUGGAUUUAUUUUUAUAAAUCAUUCUGUUGACAGUAGUAUUUAUAUUAAACUUAUAAAUAUACAGAUUAUACAUAAUAAAGAUACGUGCUCGCUCGACUCAAUUUCAAUAAUAUUAAUUUUACGAUUAAGUUACUAUCACACUUUAUCGUCUAUAAAAUAUUUUUAAUUCAACGAAAUAUUUAUUAUGGAAUAAAUUAAAAUGAUAGACAGAAAAUUAUUAUUCUUAUUAUUUAAAUAGGAAUCUUAGUCUUGUUAGUUUUUGAAUAUUUUUGAGUUAUUUUGAAAACAAAAAUAUAAAUAUUCAUAUAUUAACAGUAAUGAAUUGUAUAAUUACAAUUGACUUUUCUGAUGGUACGUACAAUCACUGUUUAUUAGUUAAAGAUUUACUGAAGUAGUUGAAAAUUCUUUUUUUAUUAAACAAUUUCGAAAAAAGAGACCUCUUUUGUUAGUUAAAUUUUGUUAAUUUAAUGAUUAAAAUAAAGUGAUGGAAAAUUAUAGAACAAAUUGUUAUAAUGUAUAAAUAUAAGGAAAUAUUUUUCCUCGUAUGAGUACUAUUCCAUAAUAUUAGUGGAAUUUUUUAGUUGCUCUACAUUAAAUUAAUAUAUUGUUAUACAAAACAUGUAACGAAAAUGUCUGGUAAUGAAGAGCGAUAGUUUGUGUUGUAGCUUACAAAUUGUUAAGCGUAUAUGCAUGGGUACAAUUGAACGAACAUAUUGCAAAUCCUUCAAUUGUGGAUGGUACGGUUCCAAUUGUAUAUACUCCAUAAAAUGUUAAUUAUAUUACUAUUAUUAUCGAUAUCAAUAUUUUUAUAUCAUCGAGGCAGGGAAGAGCUAGAAAAAGAAACAGUAUAUAUUAAUGAAACUGUUGGAAUUGUAAAAUUGACUUGC